GUCUCCCUCCCCCUCUCCCCCCCCUCUCUCUCUCUCUCUCUCUCUAGCGAACGAAGAUGUCGUGGCAACAGUACGUCGACGAGCACUUGAUGUGCGAGAUGGAGGGCAACCACCUGACCUCCGCCGCCAUCAUCGGCCAAGACGGCAACGUCUGGGCCCAGAGCACCAGCUUCCCCCAGUUUAAGCCUGAAGAGAUAGCUGGAAUAAUGCGUGAUUUUGAUGAGCCUGGGUCGCUUGCACCCACUGGUUUGUACCUUGGUGGCACAAAGUACAUGGUGAUCCAAGGCGAAGCCGGUGCUGUUAUCCGUGGCAAGAAGGGCCCUGGGGGUGUUACCGUCAAGAAGACAAAUCAGGCCUUGAUCAUUGGCGUAUACGAUGAGCCUAUGACAGCUGGUCAAUGCAACAUGGUUGUCGAGAGGCUCGGAGACUAUCUAGUCGAUCAGGGUCUUUAGGCAUGUCCGCAAUGCAUUAUGGGAUUUUUUUUGGUUCUUCCCUGUUUUUGUAUUGAAAAAGUCCGUCGCUUCUUCCCCUUUCUUUCUGGAAUAUACUGGGCUUGCGUGUCUACAUGAGGUUGGAGUUGUUGCAGUUGAUGCAGUUUCUUGUUUGGGGACAUGGGAACCUCUGAGUACAAGAAGGUGGUUUGUUAUCCGAGUGGAGAUAUUUAUGGCUGUCUUUGUUUAAUGAACCUUUUUUGUCCUAAGUUGGUGUUCUACACGGAGAUAAAAAAAAAGCUAUUGGUCA